AUGUCUGAAGAAUUAUCUAAGCAAACUGAAGAAUUGUCUUUAGAAAACAAGGACACUGUUUUAACGAAUAAGGAAGAAUUUACUGCCAAGCAUCCAUUAAAUAACAAAUGGACUUUAUGGUACACCAAGCCACAAGUUAAUAAAUCGGAAAACUGGCAUGAUUUAUUAAAACCAGUCAUCACAUUUUCUUCUGUUGAAGAAUUCUGGGGCAUCUACAACUCUAUUCCUCAAGCAAACCAAUUACCUAUGAAGUCAGAUUAUCAUUUAUUCAAAGAAGGAAUUAAACCAGAAUGGGAAGAUGAACAAAACUCUAAAGGUGGUAAAUGGCAAUUUGCCUUCAACAAUAGACGUGAUGUUGGAUCAAUUAUCAAUGAUUUAUGGUUACGUGGUCUUUUAUCUGUCAUUGGUGAAACUAUUGAAGACGAUGAAGAUGAAGUUAACGGUAUCGUUUUAAACAUUAGAAAGCAAGUCAUUAGAAUUGGUCUCUGGACAAAGGACUGUGAUGAAACUAAAUUAAGAACCGUAGGUGAAAGAUUGAAGAAGAUCUUAAAAUUAACCGAAGAACAAAAACUUGAUUUUAUGUCACAUGAAGACUCUGGUAAAAAGGGAGCUGAACCUUUAAUUUCAUUAUAA